AUGACACGUGAAAUGAUAAGCAGUGAUUUCGCUCCAGAGCCAGACGGUAAUAGCAUUGACAAAAAAGAACUUGCCGAGGAUGACUUGAGUUCGAGAAUAAAAGCGGGUUUUGAAAAAGAUAGUGUAAUUACAACAAAAAAAUUAAUCGAUUAUGACGAAAGUGAGGAUGAAAUUGAAUGGAAUAUAAGCCAUUACAACGACUCUACCAUAUAUCAUGAGAAUGGAUCAGAAACGAGUACGGCGAAGAAAAACAAAUUUGACAGCGAAAAAUUUUACCCAUUCGAAGCGUCAGGACAAAUUCAGGAUAAAAAAAAUAAAAGUAAAUUUGAAAGCCAGGAGGAGAUAAGACUGAAUGAAUUCAACAGCAAUGGGUUCGGGCAUGAUUCAGAAUCGAAUGAUAUCAAUAAAGAUGACUUCUUCUUCGCAACCCAAAUUCAGACAGUACCAACAAUGAAGAAACCGGAAGAUGUCGGGAAAAUAUUCUCUAAUGCGUGCAUUCAAGCAUCAUUACUCGAUAACGGCAGACGACGUUACGCGGAAACUAGUACGGAGGCGAUUGUGACCGGACAAG